UGCGUGAUGUAUAUGUUUGAUGUAUUGAAACGAUUACGUCAUCCACGGAUCCAAGUACCUGUGGGUCGCGUUGUCGGACACGUGAUCUGACCUUGUUCAUAUUGAUCUUCGUGAAACGAACAGGUGAACCAGACUGAAAGAAGAAGUGAUAACAGGUUUUGCAUUUGAUUUUAUUUCCUGAAUCUGGAAAUUCGAGAUUUCUUAACUCGAUUUUCAGAGGACCGCGUUGCAAGAGAAUUAGAGAUGACAAAGAGAACGCAACCAACUUGGCAUCUGCCAGAUAGAGAGGACGAGCCGGUGCUGCGAUUGUACAAUAGCUUGACUAGGAAGAAAGAAGUGUUUAUCCCACAGUUUGGAAAUUGGGUUAAAUGGUAUAGUUGUGGACCUACUGUUUAUGAUGCUUCACACAUGGGCCAUGCAAGAUCAUAUAUAUCUUUUGAUAUUCUGCGUCGUGUACUGACACAUUAUUUUGGAUAUGAUGUUAUGUAUGUAAUGAAUAUUACAGAUAUAGAUGAUAAGAUUAUAAAAAGAGCGAGACAGAAUUACUUGUAUGAAAAAUAUGUGGAGGAAAAUCACACUCUUAACGAUAUAUUGAAUGAUGUCAGAGAAGUUAUGUCUAAUCUUGAAAAUGUUGUGAGAACUACAAAUAGUGAUGAUAAAAAGUGCAUGAUAGAAAAAAUGUUAUAUAAUAUAACAGGAGCUAUUGAAGAUCUUCAGAAGGCAGUUGAGCAGAAGGAUGAGGGAAAAAUUGCAGAGUUUCAAAAAGUAUUAUUGAGAGAGGCUAGAGAUCCUUUAGCCAAUUGGUUAGAUGAAAAGAAAGGUAGCACAAUCACAGAACAUUCCAUAUUUAGUAAAUUAUCACAACAUUGGGAGGCUGAAUUUCAUAAAGAUAUGGAUGCUUUGAAUGUAUUAAAACCAACUGUGCUUACAAGAGUUAGCGAAUAUAUACCUGAAAUAAUAAAGUAUAUAGACAAGAUAAUAGAUAACGGAUUUGCUUAUGAGAGUAAUGGAUCGGUUUAUUUUGAUGUGAGCAAGUUUGAUAAAGAGGAGAAACAUUAUUACGCUAAACUUGUGCCGGAAGCGUAUGGCGAUACAUCGAGUUUGGAGGAAGGAGAAGGUGAUUUAAGCACUACGGCGGACAAGCUCUCUGAGAAAAGAUCGGUGACGGACUUCGCACUCUGGAAGAGUUCAAAACCAGGUGAGCUCUGGUGGGAUUGUCCUUGGGGCAGAGGACGUCCAGGAUGGCACAUCGAAUGUUCAGUCAUGGCAUCUACAAUUUGUGGGGAUAGCUUGGACAUCCAUACAGGCGGAGUGGAUCUCAAAUUUCCCCAUCAUGACAAUGAACUUGCACAAGCGGAAGCGUACUACGGCAAUUCACAUUGGGUUAGGUACUUCCUGCAUUCUGGCCAUCUAACCAUAACUGGUUGCAAAAUGUCAAAGUCACUGAAGAACUUUGUUACGAUACAAGAAGCUUUAAAGAAAUAUUCGAGCAGGCAGCUUAGACUUGCUUUCCUUUUACAUUCGUGGAAAGAUACUUUAGAUUACAGCGAUAAUACGAUGAAUAUGGCUGUGCAGUAUGAAAAAUUUCUUAACGAAUUCUUCCUCAAUGUGAAAUGUAGGAUUAGAAAUUUGAAUACACAAACCACUCUUGAUAGUUUUCUAAAAUGGCGUAAAUCCGAAAUAGAACUCGGCAAAGAAUUUCAUCUUGCAAAGCAUGCCGUACAUAAAGCAUUGUGCGACAAUAUUGAUACGAGAAUUGCUCUGGAUGUGAUACGAGACCUUGUGGUAGCUGGUAAUGUGUACAUGACACUAAAUCCAAAAAUUUUGGAUGUGUUUUUUCUUAAGGAUAUUGCCUUAUAUAUUACUAGGAUGUUUACAAUUUUUGGAGCCAUUCCUUCCUCGCGUUCACCCGAUUCAAUCGGAUUUCCGCUUGAUGACGAGACAGUCAGUAAUAAUACAAAUCUUGAAGAGACUGUUAUGCCAUAUAUUGAAGUUCUGGCGAAUUUCCGAGAGAAGGUUCGAAAUUGUGCGAUAACCCUGAAGGCGAAUGAUAUUUUGCAAGAAUGUGAUCGAUUGCGCGAUGAUAUUUUGCCGAAUAUUGGUGUGCGAUUGGAAGAUAGUAAAAAGAUUGGAAAUUAUGAAGAACCUUGUAAAGUAAAAUUAGUUAACAAAAAAGAGUUAUUGAAGGAGAAGGAAAUGAAGAAGAACCUGGAACAAGAGAAAAUCUUGGAGAAAGAAAAGAAAAAAGCGGCGAAAGAAGCGCAGCAAAAAAUAUCGCCAAAUGAUAUGUUCAAAAUGGAAAAAGACAAAUAUUCCCAAUUUGAUGAUAAGGGGUUACCAACGCACGAUGCGGAAGGUAAAGAAAUUAGUAAAAGCGCAUUGAAGAAGUUGCAAAAGUUGCAGCAGGCGCAGGAAAGGAGAUAUAUUGAGUACUUAGCUUCCCUGCAAAAGGAUUAUUUAUCUUAAGUUCUUAUUAAAAGAAUAUAUAUAAAGUUGAACUGCAAGAGAGUUAGCAAUUUUAUAUUUUCAACAAUUUUACCAUCAUAAAAAAUAAUUCUCUUACUCUGAAGUAUUGAGAAAUAUCUGAAUUAUUUAUUGUUGAAAAUUUACAUGAUACACUGAUAUGAUUUUAAAUGAGUCUAAUGCCCAUAUUCAGGCCUUAUACUUAAGGCCUUAAAUUCAUCUUUAGAUACUUUGUAGCCAAUAAAAUAAUCCAUAAAGCAUCUAAAGAUAAACUUAAGGAGGCUUUAAAUAUAAGGUGUGACUGUGAAUACGGGCAUAAAUGUCUGAUAUUUAAAUUAGUUCACACAAAAUUCUUUCUAAAAAGCUUUGUUCUAAAAGCUUUAGUUAAGAGAUUAAACUUAAACGCGAUUUUCUAUCAGUAUCUUUUUCAUAAAAUUAAGUAAUUUCAGCCAUUAAACUGUCUCGAACCAUUUUGCAAUCUAUUUAUUUCAUUUACUUUUUUUGAUAAUCUAUUUAUUAAAUUAUUUUGAAUUAAUGUAGGAAUUCUAACAUUUUAAUUUAGAAAUAUUGUCCAAUUGGAUCACUGUUAUAAAAGAUUAUGUAUUUGUAAGAAAUAAGGAUGUGACUAUAUAUUAAGUUUUAUUGAGUACAUAUAUGGUUUUAUUUUAUUAUGAGAUCGCUACAUAUAUAGAAUGUAUGUUAAUUGUAUUUAAUACUUUGACUGCUGUAUCUGUGAGUGACAUUGGGGUCUGCAAUGAUUGUAAACUUAAGUUUAUGUUGAUGCUAAUGGGUUCAAGUAUUUGAAACAUUAAAAGAAACAAUAGAAAUUAUAUUAAUGUAAAAGAUAAAAUAUAAAAAUAAUACGCUAGAUUCAUUAUUAAAGCUUUCGGCACACGAUACGAUUUUUCAUGCUAGCACACAUACGAUGCGUCUUACGAUUGGGUUACGAUUGGUAAUAUAAUCAUUCGAACCAGGACACGUAAUAAGAUGUCUCAUAUGCGAUCUAGCAUGAAAAAUCGUAUCGUGUGCCGAAGGCUUAAGUUUAAUCAACCAAAAUCAGUUUGGCAGUCAAAGUGUUAAAAAAAAAAAGAAUGCCUUUAAUAUCACGGAACCGAUGGCAUAUUCACACUUGAUGUAUGUAUGUACAUCGACGUGUAUCGUGCCGAUGCGAUUCGAAACUGGUGGUCGAACAAAAUAAAUGUUACGCGUUUCCACUCGACCGGAUGAAUUUGACAUGCGAUGCUGUCUAUUAUUAAAACAUAAUACCCCUUUCAUAACGAGUAGGCGUCAAGCCGCGGACAGUGACAGCUUCGUAAAUGCGAAAGGCGAUAUAAUGCACGGCUCGCGCGUCGCGUCGCGCCGCGCGAGCCCGAUAUUCAUCCCAUAUUCAAAAGCAGUGAAAACCCAGAGAAGCAGGCGAACAGGUCGACCCGUCAGUUGCUUUUCCAACUCUCUGUAAAAUACGCAUCGUAUCCGAUAAUAAUGAUGCGGUGGCGCCCGGCCCCCAAAACUCGAAAUAACGGUGAAAGCACCCCUCUCGAUUACAAAUUAUGUUUCCGGACUGGGGAACGAAGCGGCAUUUAAACCUCAUCCCGUAGAAGCGGUUUCGUUCUUAAUCGAGAAAGUUUAAUGUGAUACAUUUCAUGUCACACGUUCGCUUACACACUUCGUGUUGUCGACGUCGCUCGCGUCUUUUAAUGAACGCAUUGUGCGUUCGAAUACACCUUCCUUUAGAAUUGCUUUCGAAAUAAAGUUUUCUUAUCGAAACUUUCGUUGACACUUUCCGUUCGAAGUUCUUUUUUAAAUUUUUACAGUCAUUGCACUUAAUUAAAUGAUCAUAACAUUACAUUAGUAUUAAAAAAACUCUAAAAAGAAAUAAAUGAGGCCUAUUGACAACGAGUAAAUGAGAUGUCAAUUAGUAAAAAAUUAUACAUUUAAUGUACUGUAAUAAAAAAUGUACUUAUAAAAAACUUAGACUUUUUUAAAAUAUAUAAAUAUUUCUUUUUUUUAAUUUUCUACAGUUAUUGCAUUUUGUCAAAUUGUUAUAUUAUUACGAAAACCUUAUAAAAACAAAUAAAGAAAAAUGGUCUAUUCAUAACAAGCAAAAUGAGAUGUUAAUAAUAUUUAUAUUUACUGUGCUGUAAAUAAAAAAAUGUGCUUAUAAAAAA